UGUUAGCCGCAUCCACGGACAGGUACGAGGCACAUAGUAAGAUCCAGUUGGAUCCAAAAGGUUGCACAUGGCACCAGCAGUGGCAACGGUCUGCAAGAUCACGCUCGACGGUAACUCCCAGGAUGUGUUUUUCGCCGGCCAGAAGCUCUCCGGUACGGUCGAUCUUACGCCAUCGAAGCCGAAGAAGGUGAAAGGAGUUCAGCUAAAGAUCACGGGCGUCGGGUGCGUACGAUGGACGGAAACCUACGGUACCGGUACGACGAUCCCAUUCAGUGGACGCGAAGACUACCUCACCCAUACCGUGGACUUUCUGCGCUCGGAAACGGAUGAACCAAUCGAUCUGCCUGCCCAGCGGCAUCUGUACCGGUUCUCGCUCCUGCUGCCCGACACGCUGCCAACAUCGUUCGAGGGUGAUUACGGCUACAUCCGCUACACGGUUCGGCUCGUACUGCAGCGACCGUGGAAGUUCGAUCUCACCUACAAGAUCGCAUUCACCGUCGUCAAUCAGCUGAAUCUGAACACGCUCGAUCCACCGCUGAACGUGGCAGUGGUGCAGGAACAGAUCAAACACUUCAACUGUGGCCCCUGCCGGUCGGAUCCACUCACCAUCAACGUGCUACUGCCGAUGACCGGAUACGUGCCGGGCCAGUUCAUCCUUACCACCGUCGACAUCUCGAACCGGAGCAACAAGUGCAUUGCGGAGGUGAAACUCAAACUUCGCCGUCAGGUCCUGUAUCGCAGCAAGUGCCCUCACGAGCAGACCAAGGUGGUGCGCUGUACGCUCGCCAAGUUUCAGUGCAGUGGCGUCGACAGCAAAUCGUCGGCAGGGUACGAGCGGCGGUUUCUGGUGCCACCGGAACCACCGACCCGGAGUGAUACGAUCAUACGGCUCGAGUAUUACGUCGAGGUGGUGGCGAAGGUGCUCGGCAUGGCCAGUAGCCCCCGGGUCCGGAUACCCAUCACCAUCGGUACCAUUCCGCUGAUGAAGCUCAACCGAACGCAACAGCGAGCGUCCAUCGUGGAGUCACACUUCGUACCCUCCUCCUCUGCCUCCUCAGCCGGGACUGCAGGACCCAAGAAGCACACCAGCAUACAAUCUCUCAUGAUUCCACAUACGUUUGAGCAGUCGUCCAAUCGUACGGAGGUACAGAUCGAGGACGAUGACGAUCCACCAUCGUUCGGAACCCUGGUGUUUGCGCCCCGCUAUCCCGUGUUUCGGUUCGAGGAUGACGAUAGCGAGGUGAUAUCCGGAGUUACUCUGGAUCGCAAAUCCACAAAGAAGCAAACGGAUGAUACGGCAGCAACAAGCAAGAGCUCCAGCAGCAGGAGCUAGCCAGUGUGCGCGCAGUGCGGUAUUUGGCCCUGGAACCUUCACUAGAUUUCAUUUCUUAGCCAGCUUGUGUUUUUGGGAUGGCUGGUGUUUCGUACACUAUUUACUCUGUAACUGUAACUUAUUUGAGCGACCGUAAUGAAGGUUUUUUUGAAAUAAAUCCAUGCCAGGUUGUGUGCGGUUCAUCGAGGA